GGCGGAACGAGAACAGAGUGACAGCUGAUUGUAAGACCGCGUAACGAAACGAAACAAGAACGUUGCAACGCGAAAUCGUAAUGGUGAUAUUGUAGGCGCGGAUUAACUGCUCGUGUUAUUAGACAUUAUAUUCACUCGUGAAAGGCUCGUCGAGUCUAAGCACGAUGAUGCAUAAUCGCAGGCGAGGCAACAACUUUACGUAUGUUAGCUCGUGCGUAAAGUAUAUGAUUUUCAUGCUGAAUUUUGUUUUUUGGUUGUUUGGAGGACUGCUAAUUGGUGUAGGUCUCUAUGCAUUUGUGGACAAGUGGCAAGCAACUGGAUCUGUCAGGGUGGAAAAUGUUUACGAUGUGGUCUUGAAUAUUUCUUUAGUGAUGCUGAUAGCUGGUGGAGUGGUCUUUGUUGUUAGUUUUGCAGGAUGUGUUGGAGCUCUUCGUGAGAAUACAUGCCUUCUUAAAUUUUAUUCACUAUGUCUUCUGGUAUUUUUUCUUUUGGAAAUGGGUGUGGCUGUAGUUGGUUUUGUAUUUCCACAUACAUUACAGUCUCUUUUGGAAGAAUCAUUUACCGACAAAAUAAUUCAAACAUAUAGAGAAGAUCCAGAUUUACAAAAUUUCAUUGAUUUUGGGCAACAAGAAUUUAGAUGUUGUGGCCUGAGUCAGGAAGGAUAUCUAGAUUGGGGAAAAAAUGAAUAUUUCAAUUGUACUAGCCCUAGUGUAGAACGUUGUGGAGUGCCAUUUUCUUGUUGCAUAAAUGCUACUGAUAUAUCCAGUGGGCUUGUAAACAUAAUGUGUGGCUACAAAGUCCAAAUGUUACCAGUAUCGGAAGCGAGCAAAAAAGUUUGGACUAGCGGAUGCAUCGAAAUUGUACGCAGCUGGGCGGAACGUAAUCUCUACACAAUAGCUGGUAUUGCUCUAGGUAUUGCACUUAGUCAGCUUUUUGUGAUUUAUCUUGCAAAAACGCUGGAAGGACAGAUCGAGUUGCAAAAGUCACGUUGGCAUUCCUGAGCUUGACUUCAGGCCACCUACCGUUAUCAAAUACAUUCUUCAGCCAACAGGCAGGUGGCCAAUGGUAGUGGCCGAUCGCGCGGCCAGGACACAGAGACAAAUAUAAACGCGCGAAUGGCACUGCUCGUCCUUUUUGCGAUCUCUUUAUAUAUAUUAUGCAUUUUGUCCCUUAUCAAGCUCGUUCUUUAUUUUAAAAAUUAUUUUCAUUUAUACGUAAGCAAAGGAUAAAUGUGUUGACUAGCUUUCGUUCUCUAGAUACUCUUUAACAUCAUAUGGGAUGAUACAUUUGUAAUUAAACAUUGAUAAAAAUUUGCUUGCAAGAAAUCACGUACGCGGAUAUGACGAUUUAAAUGCGCUAUUAAAGACAAAAGAUUUUUUAUCGUGGAGCCCUGUAGUAUGUACUUUGUUGAACAUACAAUUGUGUUAUAUUACGCGAUGUGAAGAAACUUGUAAAUGACGAAUAUGCAUCAACACCAUAUUUCUCAUAAAAUAAAAUUUUAUUUUCCCAUA